AUGAUCCUUUUCUACUUUCUCUCCUCCAUGCUCAUUGUUAGCUUCCCCACUGAAGCUGCAUACACCGGCCAUAACUGCUCAACUUUGGCUGGCAACUCCACCUCCACCUUUAAAUCCAAUCUCAACCAACUCCUCUCAACCCUUUCCUCCAACGCCAACCGCAACAACACCGCGGGCUUCUAUAACGCCACGGUUGGCACAGCCUACGGCCUCUUCCUCUGCCGUGGUGAUGUGUCUGCCCGUGUCUGCGAAGAAUGCGUGGCCAACGCAACCUCGGAGGCGCUCCUACGCUGUCCCGACAACCAACAGGCUGUGGUUUGGUACGACAACUGCACGCUACGCUACUCAAACCAACCCUUCUAUUCUGAGGCUGCCACGUCGCCGGAGCUGGAAACCUGGAGCGAGCGGAAUUUGACACAGUAUGUGACGGAACCAGCUGAUCUUGACGAUGAGCUGAUUACAACUUUGGACAACUUGGUCCCCAAGGCAGCCAACGCCAGCUACAACUUCCCCACUGAAGCUGCAUACACCGGCGGUUACUGCUCAACCUUGGCUGGCACCUCCACCUUUAAAUCCAAUCUACACCAACUCCUCUCAACCCUUUCCUCCAACGCCAACCGCAGCGACACCGCUGGCUUCUACAACGCCACUGUUGGCACCGCAUACGGCCUCUUCCUCUGCCGCCGUGAUGUGUCUGCCCGUAUCUGCAAAGAAUGCGUGGCCAACGCAACCUCGAAGGCACUCCUACGCUGUCCCGACAGCCAACAGGCAGUGGUUUGGUACGACUACUGCAUGCUACGAUACUCAAACCAGCCCUUCCAUUCUGAGGCUGCCACGUCGCCUGACUGGGUAUUGUAUAGCACGGAGAAUUUGACGGAGUAUAUGGAGGAACCAGCUGAGCUUAACGAUGUGCUGGUUAUGACUUUGGACAACUUGGUCCCCAAGGCAGCCAACGCCAGCGACAAGUUUGCGACGGAAGAAGCAACUUUUACGCCGAACGUGAUUUCGUUUACGGUGUACAGCCUUGGGCAGUGCACGCAGGACCUGUCCGCCACGGAUUGCAAUGCAUGCCUCCGGAAAGGCGCGACGCGGUUGGUGCCGAGUAAGCAAGGAGGACGAGUUCUAUAUCCAAGUUGUAAUGUUAGGUUCGAAAUGUACUCCUUCUACCAAGAGGUGACAAGUACCACAAAACAAUCGCUUGCACCAGAGCCAUCACUCCCUCCUCCACCCGCCUUGCCUCGAUGGCUGCCACCUCCGCCGUCUGCGCCUCCGUCGACCAGACCUGGGGAAGAAUAG